AUCCAUUUGAGAAAUAUCUCAACUUCAACUUUUUAUCUCCUCUUGAGUCUUAUCCAUCUAUCAACCAAUCAUUGCAUCUUACUCUUUAACAUUCUUCGUCUCUCUGCUUCAUCUUUUUCCUCGCACACCUUGAUCCACUUUCAACUCUUUCAAAGCAGAUUACACAAGAUUAUCUCUUCGAGUAUAAGUAUUUUAGGUUUUCGAGAUUAUCGCAUAUAUAAGUUCUCAUCAUUCAAUCUUUAGCAGCAAUAGUUUAUCAUCUUCCAUUCUAUCGCACUUCAUUCUAGGCUUAGAGAUACAAAAACUAUCCUAUCUUUCUUUGUCAAAUUUCAAUCAGUCAUUUCAAAUCCAUCAUUACUACUUCGUAUCACCACCGAGCUUUAUAACUCACUCACACCCGCACUAAAUCCGACCCUCAAAAAGCAUCAUUUUGUCUCCCAAAUCUUAAACUCUAUUCGUAUUCAAUCGCAAGAAGAAAAAUAUCCUUUUGUGACUUUUUUACAACCAACGCAAAAAAAAACAACACUCACAUCAUGACUCAAAAUCAAACAACACCAACUUUAACCAAUGGAAAACAUUCAACCAAGAAAUUAGUUUCAUCACUUCCACCUACUCAAACUGGUUUAUUCGAACCUGAAUCAAAUGAAGAAAAAAGAUUUUUAAUCUCUCGUGACUUUCGUAGUGAUACUAUGACUGCUCCUACAGAAGAUAUGUUUGAGUUUAUGAAAGAUGCUUCAAUUGGUGAUGAUGUUUAUGGAGAAGAUCGAGUGACCACUGAAUUUCAAGAGAAAAUGGCUCAAUUGACUGGUAAAGAAGCCGCUUUGUUUUGUGUUAGUGGUACUAUGACUAAUCAAUUAGCCAUACGAACUUGGUUGACUCAGCCACCUCAUUCUGUACUAUGUGAUGCUAGAGCGCAUAUUCAUAACUACGAAGCAGGAGGUAUAGCUUUUCACUCACAAGCCACAACCAUCCCAGUCGCACCCUCAAAUGGUCAUACAAUCACAUUAGAAGAUAUCAAACCAAUGUUGGUCCUAAGUGAUGAUAUUCAUUUCGCUCCAACUAAGUUGGUUUGCUUAGAAAAUACGAUUAGAGGUUUGAUUCAACCACAAGAAGAAAUCAUCAAGAUUUCAAAUUAUGUACAUGAAUUAGGAUUAAUUUUACAUUGUGAUGGUGCAAGGAUUUGGGAAGUAUCUGCUAAAGUAAGUCAGAAAAAAAAACAAUGGAAAUCGAUUGGAGAGCUUUGUGAACCAUUUGAUUCGAUGAGUUUGUGUUUAAGUAAAGGUCUUGGUGCUCCUAUUGGAAGUGUUCUGGUAGGACCACGUGCAUUUAUAAAUAAAGCAAAAUGGUUUAGAAAAAUGUUUGGAGGUGGGAUUAGACAAUGUGGUUCGAUUGUAUCAGCAGCAGAUUAUUGUAUAAUCAACAAUUUUCCAACUUUAUCCAAAACUCAUGAAUUAGCUCAAUUCUUAUCAAAUGAAUUAAUCAAAUUAGGUGUCAAGAUUCCAGUUCCAGUAGAAACUAAUCAUGUUUUUAUUGAUCCAUCAUCUAUAGGUAUCGAUUUAAAUCAACUUAUCUUACGUGCUCAAUCUAAGAAGAUUAGAUUAGGUGGAUCAAGAAUGAUUAUUCAUAUUCAAAUUAAAGAAGAAGCAAUUCUUGAAUUAAUUUCAUUAAUCUCUGAAAUGAAAUUAGAACAACAAACCAGCAAUUUACAAAUUAAAGAUGAUGAAACGAAAAACAAAAUCAGACCUACUUUCUCACCUUACCAUUGAUUUCUUUCAUUCCUUCUUUCUUUAAAGAUCGUCUUGAAGGUGAAACUUUGUUGAAAAGAACCAACAAGAGAAAUUACCUGUACGAUUUCCAUGCUUUUUUAUGCUUAAAUAGAUAGUAAAUAGAUUUCAACUUUACUUUUUCUCUCAUUUGAUCAUCAUAUAAACCAUUAGAAUCUUCUUGUUUCAAUUCUCUUUCACUCAAACUCUCAUUCAAAAAGUUUGACUUGCAAAACCCAUUCUGUUAUAAGUUGAUGAGUUGUGUCUUUUUGAAAAUUUGUGCAUUUGUAUGAAAUCAAUAUAUCACAAAUCUUGAUUUAAA